AUGCCACCUUCCUGGGCAUCACCUCCCUGGACCAAUCAGAGCCGCUCACGUGAGCUGGAGUUCGUGCUGCUGGGCUUCUCACAUGUGCCCUCCCUGCGCCCAAUGCUUGCAGUGCUCUUCCUGGCCGCCUUCCUGCUCACGUUGCUAGGCAACACGCUCAUCAUCGUGCUCACCAGCCUGGACCCAGGCCUGCGAGCACCCAUGUACUUCUUCCUGCGCCAGCUGGCGCUGGUGGAGAUCUGCUUCUCACUGGACGUGGCGCCCCGUCUGCUGGUGACCCUGCUGUGGCCUGGACGCGGGAUGUUCGCCACAAGCUGUGCCCUGCAGCUGCUUCUUGUGCUGUCCUUAGUCACAUCCGAGUGUUUCCUCCUCACAGUCAUGGCCUGGGACCGCUUCCUGGCCAUUUGUAGGCCUCUGCGAUAUGGUACCAUCAUGAGCUUGAGGCUGUGCCACCUGCUGGCCGCCACCUGCUGGCUCGCAGGACUACCAAUAGCUCUGGCCCUCACCAUCUGGCUCUUUAACUUCCCCUUCUGUGGGCCACGGGGCAUCAGGCACUUCUUAUGUGACAUACCACCUCUGCUGAGCCUGGUGUGUGCAGACACCAGAGUCUUCGAGGCUAGUAUGUUCGUUAUCACAGUGUUAGUUAUCAUGGUUCCCUUUAGUCUUAUAGCUACGUCCUACAUCAUGAUUCUGGCUGCUGUCCUUCGGAUGCCAUCAGCCUCUGGGCGCCACAAGGCCCUGUCCACCUGUGCCUCCCACCUCAUCGUGGUGAUUCUGUUUUACGGCACAACGGGGGUCAUCCACUUGCGCCCCAAGGCCAGCUACUCUCCUGAGAGCAAGCAAGUGGUGUCCCUGUCAUACACCAUUGUGACCCCCAUGCUCAACCCUCUCAUCUACAGCCUGCGGAACAAGGAGGUCAAGGCUGCCUUCGGGCGUGUCUUCAUUCAGAGACGAGGUACCUUUAUCCCCUGACCUCUAUAUGACUUCAUUUAUGCAAUCAUUUGGGGAUCAUCUCUAUCCAAGUUGUCUUGAGGACCUCGGUGCAUGAGUAAGAUAAACCCUUUCUCAUAUUUUUGGUUGUGAGCCUAGCCUUUAAUGGCUGACCCAUCUUGGCAAGCAUUUAUUAAGUGUCUCAUAAAUACUAGACAUGGUACUGGGUGAUAACUAUAAAGCAGUACUUUAUUCAAGGUCAAUUCAAAUUUAUUAAGAAGAGCAAUUGAUAUUGCAGUGUGACCAGGUGUGACGGUAGGUGCCUGUAAUCCUAAAGAUUACGUCAUGAUUCUGGCUGCUGUCCUUCGGAUGGCAUGAGUUUGAGGCCAGCAUGAGGCUUUGCAGCAGGACUUUUCCCUAAAAAUGUAACAAAACAUUGUAGUUGUUUGAGUUGUGGGAAGGGGACACAAUACUCUUUAAAUCUGAGACAUAUCUUACUCAAAGAAGAUUGGGAUGGUUCACCAGCAAGAUGUGAGGGAGUGAUGCUCUCAUGGGGUGGAUUAAUUUUCUUGUUUUGAGUAAAUAAUUGACAAGAAUCAACUGACAGCUUAAGAAGAGUUGCUGUCCAUCACAGUGAUGAAGGCAUGGCACCAAGAGCAUGAAGUAGCUGAUCACAUUGCGUAUGCAGUCAGGAAUCAGCAGACAGGAAGUAGAAUUGGACCUUCAAAUCUCAAGGCCCAACACCCCUGAACCCAAAUCUACAAACUUCUAGAAAUCUGCCACCAGUUGUGGCAGUAU